AUGGCACUGAGUGAAAACUGCAAAACGCAACCUGCAAAAGAGCAAAGCUUAGUGCAAAGCCCUCCAUCGGAUGUGGUUGAGCUUAACGUGGGUGGACAGGUGUAUUAUACUCGUAUUGCCACCUUGACAAGCUUUCCAAAUUCCUUACUUGGGAAGCUUUUCUCAAACAAAAAGGGGUCUUCAAAUGACCUGUCCCGGGACCUUAGAGGACGUUAUUUUAUUGACAGAGACGGCUUUCUGUUCCGGUAUGUUUUGGAUUACCUUAGAGACAAGCAAGUCGUCCUGCCUGAUCACUUCCCCGAGAGAGGAAGGUUGAAACGAGAGGCGGAAUACUUCCAGCUGCCAGAUUUGGCCAAACUUUUGUCGUCCGAGGACUCUAAACUCCUCCCAGACGACUUAUACUACAGUGAUUAUGAUGAUGUAUCGCAGGGCAGCGACCAGAGGUUCUACCCCCCUUACUCUCUGGACAGGCGGUACGGCUACAUCACGGUCGCCUUUAAAGGCGUUUGCGCCGGAGGAGGCAGAGAAAGUCAGAUUGAUGGCAAGACCAAAAAGUUGCCGAGGAUCUUCAUCAGCAGCAGGAUCGGCUUGGCGAAAGAGGUGUUUGGAGACGCCCUGAAUGAGAACAGGGACUUGGACAGACCGCCUGACCGUUACACCUGCAGGUUUUACCUCAAGUUCAGGCACCUGGAGAGGGCUUUUGACAUGCUGUCUGAGAGCGGCUUUCACAUUGUGGCCUGCAACUCGUCCCUGACUGCGUCCUCCAUCGGCCAUUACGCGGAUGACAGGGUCUGGUCCAAUUACGCACAGUACAUCUUCUACCGUAAGUGA